UCCCCACUUCCGGGUAGCUAGACGCAGCAUUCCGGUGAAAGGAGACGAGUUAUCAACUGCAGUUAUAAAACAGUCGUCUAUUGUGAAUGCAUUUCGCAUUAUUAAAUUAUCUUUAUUGAAAAUGGGAAAUUGUCCGGCCGGUACACUUAAUAAUGAGGAGGAAGAUCCAGGGGAAGCAGAGGGAAGAGGUUGGACAUCAACGAAUCAAAAUUAUGUGGCAUGUCAAAAGACAAAAGUCGGGGAGUUAUGGCCAGAUGGCAUAGUUCCUUAUGAAAUCGAUCAUUCUCUUGAUUUCAAUCGAGAUCGAAUACUGAAGGCUAUGAAGACUAUCGAAAAGUAUUCUCGCAUUCGGUUUGUGAAACGAUCGUAUCAAAAACCUUUCUUGAAGAUAACUAGGCAGGAUGGAUGUUAUUUUGCCUAUGGCGAUUGUGAUCGUCCAAAGAUUUCACUUGGUAUAGGCUGCGAGAGCUAUGCUACGAUUCUGCAUGAGUUGCUCCAUGCAUUAGGAUUCCAACACGAACAAAAAAGGCCGGAUAGGGACAAAUAUCUCAUUAUCCAUUGGGAGAAUAUUAAGAAAAGUCAUAUGUCUCAGUUCUGGAAGUUGGAUUACGGCGAGUACAGAUGGACAGACUUCCCUUUCGAUUAUAAUUCAAUUAUGCUUUACGAAAGCUACGCUUUCUCUAAAAAUGGGAGAAUAACUAUAGAGACCAAAGACGGAAGAGAAAUACGUCGAAACAACGACUUAUCUUCUAUCGAUAUACAGAAACUACGUAGACUCUGAAAUAAUACAGAACAUUCUCAUAAUUUUUUAAAUGCAAAUAUUGUUUUAUAUUGUGUAGUUUUGUUACUAUUUUGUAUUCCAUGUUCGUGAAUAAAUUUUAUUAUUAUGUGUU